CACUCUAAACAGCUGAGACAGAACAUUGUGUGGUCCAUAUGAGGGUUUAAUACUAAGUUUUCUACUGCAUUAUGAUGUCACCUUAAUUGCAGGCAGAGAACAAUACGCCGAGUGUCAAAUGACCGUGGAAGUUGGAGGAAACAGUGGGAGACAGAUUGUGUAAAAACUAGUCUACUUCCUGCAUUGCUCUUAGUGGAGAAAAAAUGGGUGAGGCGGUUGCAGCUCCGCCCCCUGAAAUUGUAAAGGAAGGGUGGCUGAACAAGCGUGGCGAACACAUCAAGAACUGGCGACAACGUUAUUUCUUUCUCCUUGAAGAUGGCACUCUGCUGGGCUUUAAAACCAAACCUGAACAUGGCCUUGAUGAUCCCCUAAACAACUUCACAGUAAAGCGAUGUCAAAUCUUGAAGACAGAAAGACCGAGACCUAACACGUUUAUCAUUCGUGGACUCCACUGGACAACAGUCAUUGAGCGCACGUUUAAUGCCCAGUCUGCCAGUGACAGGGAAGCAUGGAUGGAAGCCAUAAAGCAGGUUUCCGAGAGGAUAGCUGAGUCAUCCGGGCAUUGUGUGCAAAUCCAGCAGGCAGAAUCUGUGGAACAGAUUCAGUUGAAAUACUCGAGUGAAGAUGAUGAUGAUAGUCUAGGAUCUCGAAGUUCUAAGAAAAAAAGAAAAAUUACAUUAGAUAACUUUGAGUUCCUCAAAGUACUUGGGAAAGGGACGUUUGGAAAAGUAAUUCUUUGUCGUGAAAAGAGCAGUAAUCAUUUCUAUGCUAUCAAAAUCCUACGUAAGGACGUGAUUAUAAAGCGUGAUGAGGUGGCCCACACAUUGACGGAGAACCGUGUGUUGCAGGUGGUGGAUCAUCCCUUCCUCACCUACCUUAAAUACUCAUUCCAAACAAAUGACCGUCUCUGCUUUGUGAUGGAGUAUGUCAACGGAGGGGAACUGUUCUUCCAUCUUAAUCAAGAGCACAUAUUUCCUGAAGAGCGUGCCAAGUUUUAUGGAGCAGAAAUCUGCCUCGCCCUCGGUUAUUUACAUGAAAGAAAUAUAAUUUACCGUGAUUUAAAGUUGGAAAACUUAUUGCUGGAUGCUGAUGGUCACAUUAAAAUAGCAGAUUUUGGCCUCUGCAAAGAAGACAUCUCAUAUGGUUCCACCACCCGCACCUUCUGUGGCACUCCUGAAUAUUUAGCUCCAGAGGUACUUGAAGAAAACGAUUAUGGUCGAGGUGUGGACUGGUGGGGGUAUGGAGUAUGUUUGUAUGAGAUGAUGGUUGGCCGCUUACCUUUCUACGAUAAAGAUCAUGAUAAGCUCUUCCAGCUCAUAGUUUGUGAGGAUGUUCGUUUCCCAAGGACAAUUUCCCAAGAAGCACGUGAUCUACUUAAAGGUUUGUUGCAUAAGGAUCCUAACAAGCGUCUUGGGGGUGGUCCAGGUGAUGUGAGGGAGGUCCAGAGUCACCCCUUUUAUGUAACUAUCAACUGGAAACUCCUUGAGGAAAAAAAGUUAACGCCACCAUUCAAACCCCAAGUAACUAGUGAAACUGACACCCGGUAUUUUGAUCGAGAGUUCACUGGAGAAUCUGUGCAGCUUACCCCACCUGAUCAAGCAGAGCCCCUCAACGUUAUUGAUGAGGAAUCAGAAUACCUAAAUUUCAACCAGUUUUCAUACCAAGACAUUUCAUCAACACUUGGCAGCUCAUUAGCAUCAAGUCUCAACUCCUUAGGUGUAGCAGAGGAAGGCUGAGGAGAAAUGCAGUGGUAAUUGGACUUUGUUAAAGCAUACUGUCAGGGUGCAGUUUGAUAUUAUCAUUAUUGUGUUUGUUUUGUUAAUCUUUUAUUGAGUACUUUCAAGUAAUGGCCUAAGAAUUUUUUUUCUUCUUUGUACACUUGAUAGAUAAUUUACCUUGGUUGUUUAUGGAAGCAGUGUUGUGGAAGAAGUACUAUUCCCUUUAUAGAAGGGUCUUUUCUUCAGCCCUCUAGGUUGGACUCCACACUAUACUUCAGGGAUUUUUUGAAAAAUUUCAUAUGUUACAGUGCUUGCUUUUACUUAUCAUUUUUUUUCAUGCAUUUCCCCCCCUUUGUACACUGAUUGAGACCACCCUCAUUCUUUUUCACUUCUUCCAUAGUUCAAGUGAGUGACAAAUGCUUCCCUUAAUGUUCACCAAGCCAACAUGCAAGAUUUGUCAGCAGAUGUUUCAAGUGUUGGUGUGCAGUUUUCAUUGCUGAAGGGCUUGGUGGCCAAUGGCUGAAACAUUUAAGGAAGACUUUGCUGUGGCUUCCUUACCAUCAGUGCAGAAAUUGGUUAUAUACAUACAUACAUACAGAGGAAGAGAAACUCUUCACAUUAUAAUAACAAUAUUAACCCAGUGAUUAUGUUCCAUAUAGGAAGUAGGUUUUUGGAUAGAGAGAGGUAAUAGUAGAAUAAAUCAAGAAAAGUCAAAAGGCACUCAUUAAUGCUUGAACUUUAAGAAAGAAGUUCCAAUUUUAGAUUCAGUAAAUCCUUACACAUUGCGCGUAAUUCUGUCUAUAUAUUAUGAUAGAGGUUGACGACCGAUUUUCUGACACCAACGGGGCCGGAUCGAUGCCGGACCAGCAAUUUUGCCAUACCAUGGGUGGUCACGGUCUUGGGGGACCUUCCACUCCCGUAACCUUCGACCCAAUAGUUAUACACAUCACGCUAACUCUAAAGCACUUUGGGCUGAUAGAAAAUCAAUAUUACAUAGCAUAAGCAAUUAUUAAAA